AUGUAUCUAUACGUGCGACAAACAUAUAUCAAUGACUUUCUAAAAUUCGCGCUUAACUUUUCUGGUCUCGGGAAAGCCUUAAUUGCAGUCGUAGGUCCAUUGACACCAACCGGAGAAAUAUCUUGUUUGGCAAAAGGAUAUACCACCGGUUUUUUUAAUUGCACUUUUAGAUUGACUUUGAGCGCUUUUUUAAUAUGGCGAAUGAGGAAUAUAACAAAUAGACCAAUGGAUUUUCAUAUCGGAGUGGGGCUUUGGAUGCUAAGUGCUGUUCUACAGUUCACACGAGCUUUUAUGACGAGGUUUUAUUCGGUCUAUGAUUCCAGAGUCGGAUACUACUGUGACGCACACAUAUCACGUGAAGCCAUAAUCUUCCAAUGGUUGUUCGUCGGAUUCGAUUUCGCCAUCGAUGUUUUCGUCACUAUAAGAUUAUGCCAAGUCCUUAACAAAGCGAUCAAUAAUGCAAAAAAUGUGACGAAAAAUAUGCGGCAACCAUCUAAACGAUCGUUGUUCAACUCGGUCAAGUAUUGGAAUUUCUUACGCUUGUUUUUAGCAGUCUUUUAUCAUGUCAUGUCAGUGGUACAAACGACAUUAUAUGCCGCGAUUGACCAACUUACCAUUACGUAUAUAUUCACCUUCAUUUUCUUGUCGUUGUCAUAUGUUAUUACUCUUGACAUAGAUAUUGUGAGGGUGAUUGAGGGACGAAAACCACAGAAUCAUCAUCAAAAAAAGAACGACAUUAAAGGUGUGCAUAAAGUCGAGAAUAACCUAACGUUUACCAGUGAUAACAAUAGUAGGAAUAGUAGUAAUCCACAAAUUCUAAACUCGUCGAUUCUCGCUACCUCGACGAAAGUUUCGUCAUCGCAGAACAAUGAUGACAUUGAUUCAGAUAUUAGCGUGGCAAGUUUAAAUGAAAACCAAAAUGACGUUCGCAUUCAGAUUUAA